CUCAGAUAUACCCAAGUGUGUCGGUGUUCCAUACGGUGCAGUGAUGCGUGGCCAUCUCUGGCCUCCCGCAGGAACCACCUGCCCCGGCAGGGUCUGAACCCUCAAGUCUCCAGCCCACGCUUGCAGGGGGCGUACACGUGGUGACCUGCCUAGGGCAGGGUUGCGGGCUCCGGCUCCUCCUCCCUCCAGCUCCAGCUCGGCUUUCUGCAGUAUCACGUGCAGCCGCGCCGGGUGCAGGAUGGCGGCGGCCACAGCGGUGGGUGUCAGGCUCCGGGAUUGCUGCAGCCGGGGUGCUGUGCUACUGCUCUUCUUCUCCCUGUCCCCUCGACCCCCGGCCGCCGCCGCCUGGUUGCUGGGCCUGCGGCCCGAGGACACCGCAGGAGGCCGCGUGUCCCUGGAGGGGGGAACCCUGCGCGCGGCCGAAGGCACCAGCUUCCUCCUGCGCGUCUAUUUCCAGCCCGGGCCCGCGGCGCCCGCGGCGCCAGUGCCCGCACCCACCCUUUCCCCGGGGGAGAACGGCACCGGCGAUUGGGCUCCGCGACUCGUGUUUAUCGAGGAACCCCCGGGCGGGAGCGGCGUGGCCCCCAGUGCGGUCCCCACGCGCCCGCCGGGGCCGCAGCGCUGCCGCGAGCAGAGCGACUGGGCAUCGGACGUGGAGGUCCUGGGGCCACUGCGCCCCGGAGGCGUGGCGGGCUCGGCUCUAGUCCAGGUGCGGGUGCGGGAGCUGCGUAAGGGCGAGGCAGAGCGGGGCGGCGCGGGCGGUGGCGGGAAGCUCUUCUCGCUGUGCGCCUGGGAUGGGCGCUCUUGGCACCAUCACGGCGCCGCGGGCGGCUUCCUGCUGCGCGUCCGCCCGCGUCUAUACGGCCCGGGCGGGGACCUGCUGCCCCCGGCGUGGCUGCGGGUGCUGGGGGCCCUCCUGCUGCUCGCCCUGUCUGCCCUGUUCAGCGGCCUGCGCUUGAGUCUGCUCUCGCUGGACCCGGUGGAGUUACGGGUGCUGCGGAACAGCGGCUCGGCCGCCGAGCAGGAACAGGCGCGCCGCGUGCAGGCCGUGCGCGGGAGGGGAACCCAUCUGCUCUGCACCCUGCUCCUGGGCCAAGCCGGAGCCAACGCGGCCUUGGCCGGCUGGUUGUACGCCUCGCUACCGCCGGGCGUCGGGGGCACGGGGGAAGAUUACGGAGAGGCGGGGAUUCACUUCCCCUGGCUACCCGCGCUUGUGUGCACGGGCGCCGUGUUCCUGGGCGCCGAAAUCUGCCCCUACUCGGUGUGUUCACGGCACGGACUGGCCAUCGCCUCGCACAGCGUGUGCCUGACCCGGCUCCUGAUGGCUGCAGCCUUUCCUGUGUGCUACCCGCUGGGCCGCCUGCUGGACUGGGCGCUGCGCCAGGAGAUCAGCACCUUCUACACCAGGGAGAAGCUGCUGGAGACGCUGCGGGCUGCUGACCCCUACAGCGACCUGGUGAAGGAGGAGCUCAACAUUAUUCAGGGCGCCCUGGAGCUGCGCACCAAGGUGGUGGAGGAAGUGCUGACCCCGCUUGGGGACUGUUUCAUGCUGCGCUCCGAUGCUGUGCUGGAUUUCGCCACCGUCUCCGAGAUCCUGCGCAGCGGCUACACUCGCAUCCCGGUCUACGAGGGCGACCAGAGGCACAACAUUGUGGACAUUCUGUUUGUCAAAGAUUUGGCCUUCGUGGACCCCGACGACUGCACGCCACUCCUCACCGUCACUCGCUUCUACAACCGGCCCCUGCACUGCGUCUUCAAUGAUACGCGGCUGGACACGGUGCUGGAGGAGUUUAAGAAGGGAAAAUCUCACCUGGCCAUUGUCCAACGGGUGAAUAAUGAGGGAGAAGGGGACCCUUUCUAUGAGGUGAUGGGCAUUGUCACACUGGAGGACAUCAUAGAAGAGAUCAUCAAGUCAGAGAUCCUGGAUGAAACUGACCUCUACACUGACAACCGGAAAAAGCAGAGGGUCCCGCAUCGGGAGAGAAAGAGACACGACUUCUCCUUGUUCAAGCUCUCGGACUCGGAGAUGAGGGUGAAGAUCUCCCCACAGCUGCUACUGGCCACACACCGCUUCAUGGCCACAGGUAGGGCUGUCCCACCUGUCCUGGCCCCUACAGGUAGGCAGAAUUGGGAGCCAGACGCCAAGCAAUUCCGCCAUCUUGUAAGCGUAGGGCCCUGCACCACUGUUCCAGGAGAGAGGCCCAGGAAGCCACCUAGAGGCUUCUCAGCCCUAGACCCAGGGAACGCGCUGGGGGCUGAGUCCCAGAGCAGGACGGGAGGCGCUCUGCACACCCUCAGUCCCCCCUUCUCUCUCCAGGGUAGAGUGGAGGUGGAGGUGGGCAAGGAAGGCCUUCGCUUUGAGAAUGGAGCCUUCACCUACUACGGCGUCCCAGCCAUCAUGGCGGCUGCCUGCUCAGAUACCGACGUGCGCAAGGUCGGAAGCCUGACUGGAUCCUCUGUCUUUCUGCCCGUCUCUGUGUCUCGCACCUUCGCCUUCAGCAGAGGGGACUCUCUGGCAGGCUCCCCAGUAAACCGGUCCCCUUCUCGCUGCAGCGGCUUGAACCGCUCAGAGUCCCCGAACCGGGAGCGCAGUGACUUUGGGGGGAGCAACACCCAGCUGUGCAGCAGCAGCAACAACCUCUACACGCCUGACUACUCGGUGCACAUCCUCAGCGACGUGCAAUUUGUGAAGAUCACGCGGCAACAGUACCAGAAUGCACUCACUGCUUGCCACAUGGACAGCUCACCCCAGUCCCCUGACAUGGAGGCCUUCACUGACGGAGACUCCACCAAGCCCCCCACAAUCCGGGGCACACCCCAGACCCCCAAGGACGACCCUGUCAUUGCCCUCCUGAGCAACAGGAACAGCCUGCCGUGCAGCCGCUCAGACGGACUGAGAAGCCCUGGCGAGGUCGUGUACCUGCGGAUGGAGGAGAUGGCCUUCACCCAGGAGGAGAUGACGGACUUCGAGGAGCAGGACACGCAGCAGCUCUCGCUGUCUCCCACCACUGUGCCCACGAGAGCAGCCUCAGACAGUGAAUGUUGUCACAUCAACCUGGACACAGAGACCAGUCCCUGCAGUAGCGACUUUGAGGAAACCGUGGGCAAGAAGCUGCUGAGAACCUUGAGUGGUCGAAAAAGGAAGAGGUCACCCGAUGGAGAGAAAGCCUCUGAGGAGAACUCCAACUUAACGCCUCUGAUCACAUGACCAGUGUUAGUUGGCUGUGUGAGAUCCAGAGCUUUGGGGGAGGACCCACCCUCCCAUCACCUGCUUCCCCCCAAGGCCUCCCACAGGUGACAGAGCACUCUGCCUUCCUUACCACAUCUUCACCCCUAGCUGUCAGACGGGCAGAUUUCCCCUCAUUGCCUCCAGUUUGACUCAGAGCCUUGCCAUGGCCAUUAUGGGAAGGAGGAACCUCCAUGCUAGAAAGGGUCUUGUCCACAGGACAGUCUGGGACUGGAGGAGAAAUGACUCCAAGCUAACAAUGCCGCUCUGGGACCUAGUGCCCAUCUUGUUCCACACUGAUGCCACAGUUCAUGCUUAGCUGAGCUCAGGUUGCACCAACAGCCAGGCACCAAGGAGGCCGGAGUAGGCGUGAAGCUUAGCUCAGGAGAUACACCACGAAUUCCUCCAGAACUUUAGGGCAGAGCGAGCCAGCCGCACUGGCAUGUGACGUUAUAGUACAGAAAGCCAUCAGUGACUGGUUUCCUGUUAGAUAAGGGUUCCAGCAGUCUGGGAAGUGUCUUAGCUGGAAUGGAAAGAAUGGAAGAUGAAACCUCAAGUCACUGUUUUUCCCAGGGACACGUUUUGACUCCCAAUCAACAAUCAAUCAGUCUGCUCUGGAAGAGGAGAAGCAAGGAGCAGAGAGACCCAGUUGGGAGCCAAAGAUGGAACUUUCAGGUUUUAAGUGCAAAGCAACACAAACAAAGAAGAAAAAACUUACAUGGAAAUAUUCUAAGCUGUUAAAGCAAGUUUAAGCCAUGACAAACCAAAGAGUGCCCAGGUCAGCCAAGGAGGAUGCAAGCUCGCAUGGACUUCGGUAUGCACGUCCAGAAGACUGACAUAUCUCUCUUCUUUCUCUCCCAUUCCCCUGCCCUGCCCUUCUCACUCUGCCCCAGCAGGUCAGCCAAGUGUAGUUUAUUCCAAGGAGUUUUCAGAACACUGUUUCGCCUGGUGGGGCAGAUGCAAUUCCAAAAAUGACCACCCGGUGGCAGAAGAGAUGCACCCACCUACUUUAGAGUCCCGUUCAGAUCAGGAACCUUGCGCCCAGCCUUUGAGAAGAUGUGAAAGUGUGGGUUGUCUUUCGGACAUUCACCUCCCUUUCCAUCCCCUCCAUCAGCGAUCCAGUGCUGCCUGCUGUAUCUCCAAACCAUCCCCAAACUUUCCCCGGGGCUGCACCAUCCAGGUUUCCUUCCCUUUCCUUCAAAACCAUUACUCCCAGGCUCCCACACCCCAACCAGCCAAUAAUCACUUGGGAGGGAGAUUAAUAAUUCCUCUGGGUUAUUUGCACCUGAAAGCAAAUGCUUACCCGCAGGAACCUUUAACUCAGGGCUCAUAACUUGGGGUCCAUCACCCCAGAGGGUCCAUUUAUUGGGCUUGAGGGUCCAUGAAACCCCUAACACUGUCAGAAUCUAGUCUAUGUGUCCGUAUGUGUGUUUUCCAGAGGGCUAAAGCUUUCAUACUAUUCUCAAAGGUCUCAGACCCACAAAUUUUUUUAAAAA